CGAGAAGUUGUGCAAGGUCGUCCCUCCGGACUUAGCGGACCUGAUUCGGAAAUACCUUGACAUUUUUCCAGAUGACCUGCUAGCUGGACUCCCGCCGAGCCGACCUGAGCACCACCGAAUCGAGCUGGAACCAAGCGCCCAUCCAACGGUACAGCGCCAAUUUCGGCUCAGCCAACUGGAACUAGAAGAAUUAUACCAGCAGCUGGAUUGCCUUCUCACAAAAGGUUUUAUCCGGCCCAGCACGUUACCAUACGCCCCCCGAUAGUGUUCACGCCAAAGAAUGAC